AUGCUUUCGAGUCUCGGUAACCCGCGGCAAGCUGCUGCGCAGCUCAUGAACUUCGCUCUUAUCCUGUCGACAGCCUUCAUGAUGUGGAAGGGCCUCUCCGUCAUUAGCGAUUCGCCAUCCCCGAUUGUCGUCGUUCUUUCUGGCUCUAUGGAGCCUGCCUUCCAGCGAGGCGACCUACUUUUCCUCUGGAACCGAAACAUCCUACGCGAGACCGAGAUUGGUGAGGUUGUCGUUUACAACGUCAAGGGCAAGGACAUUCCCAUUGUGCAUCGAGUUGUGCGCAAGUUUGGCAAGGGCGAGACGGCACAGCUUUUGACCAAGGGAGACAACAACCUCUCAGACGAUACCGAGCUCUACGCCAAGAACCAAGACUAUCUGGUGCGAAAGGACAUCAUCGGCAGCGUACUUGGAUACAUGCCUUUUGUCGGUUACGUGACGAUCCUCUUGUCGGAGUACCCAUGGCUCAAGACAGUGAUGCUGGGAAUCAUGGGUCUCAUGGUUGUUCUGCAGCGAGAAUAG